AAUCCACUUACAAGUGAACUUAUAAAUGAAUAUUUUGAGCAUAGCAAAACAUUUACAACGUGGUGUUCUCUAGCUCAUCACAUCAAGGAAUUCCACUAACUAAACAGUAUGUUAAACUUGUAUAUAAUCAAGCCUUGAACUAAUUUACAAGCAAGUUUCAACUCUAAAUACAGAAUUUGUUCAGCCAUGAAAAGCUUUAGCUCCUCAUAUAUAGCAAUGGUGGUAGUUCAAAUUGCAUAUGGUGUAUCAAAUAUUAUCAUGAAACUAGCCCUUCAGAAAGGACUUAAUCCGAUCGUUUUUGUGGUUUAUCGCCACUUAAUAGCCAUUCUUGUUUUAAGCCCCUUUGCAUAUAUUUUUGAAAGGAAAACACGACCAACUCUCUCAUUUCGUAUGGCAAUGAAGAUAUUCUUGCUUUCAUCCAUGGGGACGACGGUCCAUCUAAAUCUCUACUAUACUGGUCUUGAAUAUACUUCCCCGACGGUCGGAAGCGCCUUGAGUAAUGUCAUGCCCAGUUUGACCACUCUCAUAGCUGUUGUUCUUGGGAUGGAAACAAAGAAACUAGGCAGUAAUAGAGGUAAAGCUAAGCUGUUUGGAACACUGGUUUGCAUAGGCGGAUCACUUAUUUUUACCUUCUGUAAAGGAAAACGCUUAUUCACAAGUUUUAAGCAAAAGCCCUUAGUCCAGCUGUACGACACUGAAGGUGAGUCGAGGAAUCAUAAGGAAAAUUGGGUCAAAGGUGCACUCCUUAUACUAAUUAGCGAGGUAGCAUUGAGUGCACGGAUCAUUCUCCAGGCAACGGUUUACAAGAUCUAUCCUGCGCUGUUCUCAUUAAAUGUUUUGAUUUGUAUUUUUGCCUCUCUACAAUCAUCAAUCCUGACCAUGUUUUGGGCAAGAAAUCCACACCUAUGGAAGCUAGAUUGGAACAUACAGCUUUUGGCCAUUGUAUAUUGUGGAGUUGUGAUAUCAGCGUUGGUAUACUGGCUGCAAACAUGGUGUAUCAGUAAGAAGGGACGGGUCUUUGCAGCAAUGUUUAGUCCCUUAAUCCUUGUUAUUGUGGGGAUCUUUUCAGCAAUUGUUUUUGCAGAGAGACUUUAUUUGGGAAGGUAAGAGACACUCUACAACUCUAGUUAGUCUUGGUUAGAGGGGCACAACCAGUUUUUAGGUUGGCCAACCCUUU